AUGCUUGGUGCUGUUGGGGUUGCCUUCUGUUGUCGUCGCUGUUGUUUCGAUCUCCUCAACCGGUUGCGAGUGGUGGUGCCUUAUGCUGCUCGGCAGUUGCUGUCCAAGUUCCGAAGGUUUUUAUGCUACGAUCAACAUCUCUCGACACAUGUAGCCGGGCGGUGGUGACCAGCUGGGCAUGAUAACGAGGCAGCGCGCGUGUGAUUCGUAGCAGUAGUAGUAUUAGUAGCAACAGUAGUAGUGGUGUUGGUGGUGACGGUGGUGUUGUUGCGCUGGUGAACCCUUCUGGCAGUGAUCUGAGCACGCGGGGUUAACAGUUCCGAAUCCCCGGUUCAACGGAACAGUUUCCGCUCCAGUCUGGCUCGUGCUGCUAACGCAUAACUUUGACGUGUUUCAUGUGUCCAAGUGUCUCCGAUUAAGUACACGCGUUCGUUACUCCAGUAAUCUGCGCCGAACUUUUUGUGAUACCGGGAAUAAACAAAAUUUAAAUUUAAACAAUAAAAAAAUCGAUUUUUUUUUCUUUCGAACAGUGAUAUAAACAAAGUGAACUCCUUCAAGGGUUAGGUGAUUGGAUAGCAAUUAACAGUGAUUAUCCCGUUUUGUCAGGACAGCCCGUUCCAACAUAACAGGUAAACAGUGAAUGAAUCGCAAAUUAACGCAUUGCUACAAAUUGGUCCCACUGAGUACCGCCGAGUGUGUGAGUGUAUGUGUUUGUGCUGGGCGAACAAAAGCAGAACAACCAGAGCAGCGAACCGCUUAUCAGUCCGGUGCUAAUUGUUUGCCACAAUUGCAGGCUCGGCAGGCUUGGCACACGCCUCGGUGAAACCAAAUCGAACCAUUCGGCCUGAUCUGGAACGAAAAUUGAUAGUGACAACACAGUUCCAAUUGUGGAUGGUGUAAAUUUGAACUGGAUUGUUUUUUUUUAAGUUUGUUUGGCUUGGAAAAUUGGAUUUUGAACAUUUGCUGAUUGCGCUCGCCUGACUUUUGACAGUGGUUAGCGAGAAGUCGAUAACGCAGCUAACUGAAAGUUCAUACAAUCGUUUGAAUCUACUGUGAAACUGGCCAUUAACUAAGAUACUACUGAAUCUGAACUAGUGUGAUAUCGUAUAGUGUUGCUGUAGCAUUUUAGCGGUGUACCAGAGAAUGGAUAGACAGACCAAAAUCGUGUGAAGUUUUUGAGACGUGUUCUAUCGGUACGAGAGGCGACUCCAAAUUGCCAUUGCUGUUAUCAAUUUCGAACUAUCGUCAAGUUGCUGCUCAUUACAUUGAAACAAGAUGAACCAACAGUGCAAAGUUUGCGGUGAGCCUGCGGCCGGUUUCCACUUUGGAGCGUUUACCUGUGAGGGAUGCAAGUCGUUCUUCGGUCGAUCCUACAACAACCUCUCGUCGAUAUCCGAGUGCAAAAACAACGGAGAAUGCAUUAUCAACAAAAAGAAUCGCACGGCGUGCAAAGCCUGCCGGUUGCGCAAGUGUCUCAUGGUCGGAAUGUCCAAAAGUGGUUCCCGCUAUGGACGACGAUCGAACUGGUUCAAGAUUCACUGUUUACUGCAGGAGCAACAGCAAGCCGCCCAGCAGCAGGCUGCAAACAAUCAGAAGGCUGGUCAACCACCGGUGCACGGAAUGUUCGGUCCUCCCGGUGCGUACCCUCACGCGAUGUAUCGGCCGCCUUGCACCAAGGAAGAACUGAUGCUCCUCGGAUUGGAAGAAUACGGAAAGCACCCGUCGGCAUCGCCGUCCGUGAGCUCACCCGACAGUCACAAUUCAGACAGUUCAAAUGAAAUAAACGACCGUCGGAACGCGCUGCUGCGCCAAGGUAAACUCCAUGAUUCGCCUUCGAUCAACAAAGAGCUGUUCCUACCAAUUCCUUUCGGAGGACUGCCACUAAUGCCACCGCCAGGGUUCCUUCCGCCGUCUCAUCUAAUGUUUCCUGGUUUCCAUCCGGCUUUGUACCCCCAUCAUCAGGGUUUGCUGAAACCAGCAGAUCCAACAAUUCUCAGCAGCUCACCGCUUGCCAACAACAACAGUCGCUACACACCAAAUCACAACACUAGUACCAACAACAGCAACUCCACUCCGACAGAAACCAAAUCGCCGGACUCGUUUUCCAAACGCUUCUACCUGGAUGCCAUUCUGGAGUCCCAGCGGUGUCCAAGCAACGAAACCGCAGGAAGCGCUAAGGAACUGGAACCCGAACCCGAGGAGGUAGUUCCAGUUACGAUGACUCCGCCACGAUCACCCACGGUAAGCCGUGCAGUUCAGCAGGAUAAUCCGAUUGAUCUCAGCAUGAAAACUGGCAGCAGUUGCUCCUCCGAUGACCACAGGACAUCCAUGUCCGGCGUAGACAGCGACGACGAACAGCUCGUGGUGGUCUCCAACGAUCGAAACUCUCCACCGGUGGGUGCCUCGUUGCUGCCGAAAUACACGAAUAACAAUAGCCUUCCGAGUAACAACAACAACCACCACAAUCACCACCAUCUGAAUCAUCAUCAUCAUCAUCAGCAUCACAACAAUCACCACCAGCGACAUCAGAGCUCCUCGUCACUGGUGCGAGGGAGCGGGAGUGACUCAGAUAUGGAAGAUACCGAAACCGAAUACGAACGGGAAGUGAAACGCAUGAAACUGCAGGGUACAACCCCACUGGAUCUGACAACGAAAGUCUGAGACGAACUGUUCGCUAUCCAGUGCUCGAAAAACAAACAAACAAUCAGAAUCUGUGACAAAAGUCGUGUGGACCCACCAAAACAUAAUCAUAAUAUUACGGAACGUUGGGCUAGUGUUCUUUGUUAAACUAGUUAGUACACUAAUGUGCCGCUCGAAAUACGGUGCAAUUUGGCACGGGAUGGCACCAUUCCGGUUACGUAGCCCGAACCUGCGCACAACUGAACAUAUCUAUUUGUUAGGAGAUUAAAAGAAUGACAUAUCAACCAAAUAAACGAACAAGUAUUGUCAUCGCACAAAAUGACUGGAAUGAGAAAUAAAAGUCCUCGUGUAAGAUGUAGUUUAAAUUUGUAAAUAGUAUCGAACUCAUUGAUGAGUGCGAUGAGUUUAAAACUGAGAGAAUCCCAUGACCAUGAAGUUAGAAUGGCAAACUGCAAAUGAAAAUUGUAUUAUAAAAGAUAGUCUCGUAGCUCUCGGCCAGCAGUUCACGAACGAUCGAAAAUAUGUGCCAGUAGCAUAAUUUAUAUAUGAAAAACAGUCUAGUUUUGUAGUAUUAAAUUUGAUCUGAUUUGAUGAAAGAAGAAAUCAAAAUAAAAAGACAAAAGGACAACACGGUCAGUAGAAAAAAAGAAAACGGUUUCCUUUUUCCGCGACAAACGGAUUCGACAAACCAACCAAAUUUUAUCUAGAUAGGGAAACUUGUACAAUGCAUCAGUAUACUGAACAACAAACUAGUUUGUAUCAUGUUUAAGUCCAAAUAUUUAUUUCUCGCUAGCAGUGACAGACAACCCUCAUGCUGAACACCUCCUCAUAUUGUAUAUUCCUAACAAAGCUCCUCAUGGGGUCCCUCUCGAUCAGUUUAACUGGUCUACGGAUGCACUCGUCUAAGCACUUCAUCGACUCUUCAAUCCUUUGAAGAGCGAAGGCGUCCUCUAAGGUGGGCCCCACUUUAACUCGUCAGAUGUCCAAGAUGUUUGCCUACUGCAGUCAUUUCUGUCAUCGUAACCGACGUACUUAACUGCAACAUAUUACAUAUAAAAAAAAACCCUACAGCUGCUGCUGUCUGCGUGUCUGUGCACCAUUUUUGCGGCUACUGGAAUUCUCGUGCUGCCAACCGAGAACUGGUCCCCGCUGAUUAAGCACAUACAAAUUAAUGUCAGUUCUCAUUCAGUAUAAUCAUAAUUUUUCUUUCGUCCUCCUCCACCGGGGUCCAUCUCGAGCUAAUCGCAUCUUCCAGCUCGAUCCGUUCGCCGUGUAAAAUCUCCUCCGGGUCCGAAGGUGCGAACUGACAAGAAAACACAAGUGUGCAAAAAGCAUAAAAGCAUCUUGAUCCUCAUAUAACGAGCAAAGAUCCCAAAAUCGCUCAAGGGCAUCAAUUCUAAUAAAUCUGCAUAGUAGAGGCUAAGCGACAGCCAAACUAACUCACUGGACCCCGAGAGCCUGCUUUUCUCAUCAUAAACCGAGACUGUUUCCCGCAGUAUCCGUGGUAAAUCUGUUGCAAACUUCACGACCAGAUCCAGUUUAUCUUACAGGCUACUCAUCUCCACGAACGGAAAAAAAUCUCGCUUACACUAAAUUAAAAUACGUCCGUUCACAUAAAUCGCACAUUUAGCCGAAUACGAAAAACACAAAUCUUACAAAUCUGUAGCCAACUGGCUUGCUCUUACUUUCUCUCUCUCUCUCUCUCUCUGUCGUAAGCGCUUAUACACACAAAUGACAACAUACACUGUUUAAUAGUCCAAUUUCUCAUCAUGUGCUGCAAAAUAAAAUAAAAGCUGUAAACUUGCUCGAAAUGACCAAGGAACCCGAACAGGUAGACAAACAUCUAGCAAUAGAGCGCAGAGAAAUGCGAAAUGAACGAACGAAGUAAGAAAAAGAAGAAAAAAACAGAGUUGUUAAAUUAAGGUUAGUUAGUCCAAUGUGUAGGUUAAUUUCGUUUUUAAGUGGAACCCAUAAAACACAUACGCAAGGCACACGGAGAUGUGGUACAGUUUUAAUUUGGGACCAAUUUUUACGCAAACAGGAGAAGAAAACUGCUAGACAGAAAAUAAUGAAAAAAAACAACACGAACUGCGGUGUGUGAGAAUUCGCCUCAUAAACAAUCAAUCGUAGCAGCAGAAGAGUGAAAACAAGUUCGAAUGCAUAACGAAGAGGAAAAAAAGUGAUCUAUUGGUUCGCAAACGAGAAAGCUCAGUCAAACUGCUUAACGAUUACUGUUGUGAAAUGGUUAUUUUUUAAUCAAUAGUAUAGCGUUGAUGCAUAUCGUAACAAUAUUUUAUAUCAAGUCCUAGAUUUAGUGAAGCCAAGGUUUAACAUAAAAAAAAUUGUUGAUUGUUGUAAAAAGAAAUAAAUUUUAAGAAAGAAAAAUUUUGAAAACUAUUUACCAUAUCGAUUGAAGGUUAUCGAA